GUUACAGAAGAUGAAGUACAAAAUGUUCGUUGCAUUGUUAUUGCUUUCUGGUUUUGCUAUCGAAAUCGAGAGUGCUACAAUUUGUUUAACAGUUCACAUCUGUAGAAAUGGAAUUUGUAGCAGUGUAUGUCGAGAAAUACCUGAAAGAAAAUUCGAGGAAAACGAAACGAUUGGAGAAAACAAAAAUGAAUACGAAGCUAACGAAGACGUGGAUAGUGAAGAUAAAAUUUCUAGAAAUUUAAACGACGAUUUCAAAAAUAAAAGUGAAAACACACAAGAAGAACCGAGAAACUUUGACGAUUUCUUAGAAUCUGAUGCGUGGGAAAAUGAGAGUUUCAUGAAGAAACGUAUGAGUGACAAAGAUUCAGUCAGGGAAAUUGGUGAAAGUUCGGAAGAUGAAGAAGAGGCGGUAAAAAGGGAAUUAAUUAGGGAAGAAAUGGAGAAUGAAUUCAGAGAGUUACUGGAAAGUGAUGAGGCAGGGAAUGAAAUUAGAGAAGUAAUAAAGGAUAUGGAAAAGGAGAAUGUAGUAAGAGAAUUAUUUGAUGAGAACCAAUUUGAUGUUAGAGAAUUAGAUGAAGAUGAAGAAGAAGAAAACGAAGCAAGAUCAUUGGAUGAUAGUGAAGAGAAAUAUGAAGUGAGAGAGAUGGAAGAUGAAGACGACGAAGAUGAAGCAAGAUCAUUGGAUGAUAGUGAAGAGAAAUAUGAAGUGAGAGAGUUGGAAGAUGAUGAAGACGAAGAAUAUUCUAAACGAGAAUUUGAUGAAAGUGAAAAUUAUGAAAUGAGACAAUUAAUCGAAGAUGAAGAGAAAGAGGAUGAAAACGAAAAGAGAGAUUUAUUUGACGAAGAAGAAGAGAAAUAAAUUACAGAAUAAAAAUGAAAUAAUGUCGACAAGUUAUUCAAUUUGAAGGUGGAAAGUAUAAUAAUUAAUAAAUGAAAAAAAAAUUAAUCAGAAACUUAACAAAUUUGAAAUAAUGAUCAUUAGAGAUAAUUUCACAUAAAGUUUUACUAACCACGUAUUUUGCUUCUCGAAUCUUUUUCAAUAGCUUUAUACAGUUUCCAUUUUGUUUACUAGUAGCGUGUUAAUGAAAAAUGUCUUGUAAUAUUUCGGUGUAGAUGUUAAUUAAAUUACAAAUACCGUAUGUGUUAUGCAAAAAAUGUAUAUACGAAUUUUCAGUCUACACUGCUAUUUAAAUAAACAUAUAAUAUUUGAUAGAUAUGGUGGGAGGAUGAAGUCGACGGUGAUGAUCUUUGCAUAAUUUGACCACGUAAAAUGAAAAAAAAUUACACAUUUAUGCCAAAUGGAAAAUUAAAUUUAGUUUUUCUUUAUUGUUGUUAAACAAUUGUUAUCGUUGUUACGAAAUACGCUGUUGUUUGUAUUGUUGAAGGUUAAAUGACAAUUAUUAUAACAAAAAUGGGGCUUUUAGGGGCUGGAUUACAUUGUUGUGGACCAGAAAAAUUGGUUGCAAAGUGCAAGAAGCGUGUACCUGUAACAAAAAUUGAAACGACGCGAGUGCGAGGGACAAGAGUAGGGAUCGUCGACGACGGCUUCAUAACAAUGUCUUCUGAAAGAAAAUGUAUUUUGAGAGUAAAAUAACUUAUUCUGAUUAAUUUAAUGCGUAUUUAUUACCUUUCUUCCUCACAAUUUCAACAGCCUCUUGUGUAGAUUGUACUCUCUUGCAAUAUUUAAUCAAAAUGUGGUGAAAUAAACAGAGGAGAGCACAUAUAACACUUUGUGACAAUCCAUAAAACCACGGAAUGAAGAGUAUUGUAAAAUAUUUCUAAAAAUAAAAUUGUUACAAAUCUUA